UAUUUCGCGUACUGUAGUUUAAUAUCCAAAAUAUAUGUUUUUUCAAACUCAAAAGUGUCAUGUCGUAGCUGACACCCCAUUAUUUCUGCAGAAAUAUUUUCAACUUAAUAUUAAAUGAUCGUUUUUGGAAAAUGUGCUUAAACACCCAAGGGAAACUUUAUUGUAAUUCUGUUACCAAACUUUGCAUCUGCACAGUUCUUCCAACAAAUGUGAUUUUGUGAACUUUUCUGUGUAAAUUGUUCAAACUAGUCCUUGUGCAUAGAAUCAAAUGGUUUGUUCAACUUUGAAAUCAAUGGUUUUGGUUUGGCAUACAUUUUUAAGAGAAAAAUCAGAGUCAAAGCGUAAUUACGUUACCAUGGAAUUGGCCCUAAUGCAUUACUUCCCCACAGUGCAAGAAGUGACAUCCCAAAAAACACAAAACUAUACAACACAUACAUGUCUCCGAGCCUCCCACACAUAGGAUUCUUUCUGUCCCUAACACUGAAACUGAAAGUAAAUAACAAAGAAAUAUAAAUGUUUUUAUAUUUUACUCAACAUAUACAGUGGGGCAAUUGUGCAAGUUCUCCCACUUAAAAAGAUGAGAGAGGCCUGAAUUUUCAUCAUAGGUACACUUCAACAAUGACAGACAAAAUUAGAAAAAAAAUCCAGAAAAUCACAUUGUAGGAUUUUUUAGGAAUUGAUUUGCAAAUUAUGGUGCAAAAUAAGUAUUUGGUCACCUACAAACAAGCAAGAUUUCUGGCUCUCACAGACCUGUAUCUUCUUCUUUAAGAGGCUCCUCUAUCCUCAAAUCCUGCAGUGCCAGACGUGUCCCCCUGCUUAAGCCAGUACAUGUCCAGGCCCGUCUGAAGUUUGCUAGAGAGCAUUUGGAUGAUCCAGAAGAAGAUUGGGAGAAUGUCAUAUGGUCAGAUGAAACCAAAAUAUAACAUUUUGGUAAAAACUCAACUCGUCAUGUAUGGAGGACAAAGAAUGCUGAGUUGCAUCCAAAGAACACCAUACCUACUGUGAAGCAUGGGGGUGGAAACAUCAUGCUUUGGGACUGUUUUAUCUGCAAAGGGACCAGGACGACUGAUCCGUGUAAAGGAAAGAAUGAAUGGGGCCAUGUAUCGUGAGAUUUUGAGUGAAAACCUCCUUCCAUCAGCAAGGGCAUUGAAGAUGAAACGUGGCUGGGUCUUUCAGCAUGACAAUGAUCCCAAACACACCGCCCGGGCAACGAAGGAGUGGCUUCGUAAGAAGCAUUUCAAGGUCCUGGAGUGGCCUAGCCAGUCUCCAGAUCUCAACCCCAUAGAAAAUCUUUGGAGGGAGUUGAAGGUCCGUGUUGCCCAGCAACAGCCCUAAAACAUCACUGCUCUAGAAGAGAUCUGCAUGGAGGAAUGGGCCAAAAUACCAGCAACAGUGUGUGAAAACCUUGUGAAGACUUACAGAAAACGUUUGACCUCGGUCAUUGCCAACAAAGGGUAUAUAACAAAGUAUUGAGAUAAACUUUUGUUAUUGACCAAAUACUUAUUUUCCACCAUAAUUUGCAAAUAAAUUCAUCAAAAAUCCUACAAUGUGAUUUUCUGGGGAAAAAAAUCUCAUUUUGUCUGUCAUAGUUGAAGUGUACCUAUGAUAAAUUACAGGCCUCUCUCAUCUUUUUAAGUGGGAGAACUUGCACAAUUGUCGGCUGACUAAAUAAUUUUUUGCCCCACUGUAUACAUUUGCGGUCUAUGUACAUUUAUUCACGAUACAGCCCACAAAUAUACUAAUGGUUUUCAACUUAUCGAUCACCACACAGUCAUUACUCGUAAUAAUGUAUUGUAAUAGAUCAUGACAGUGAAGAGCUUGCUGUCUCUGGUUUGCCGUACCUUUGCCUCUCCCUCUAGACAGGCCUAUACAAUAUAGGCCUAUCCCUCAAAGUUCAUAGCUCACUCCACUGCUUCCUCUCUAGCUGCCUAUUACAAACCUAUAUACACAUUUACAUUUACUUGACCAUUGCUCUUGCAUAAGCAGAGCUUCAUGAUCAAUGUUACACAGUAAUCAUUCUAACGCACAGGCACAGAAUCAUUUUCACGGUGGUCAGAAUGUUAGCACCUUGGUAUAAUGUCGUGACCGGGGGCCAGGUACUCAAUGGAGUCACAGCUCUCUCACUAUACUCUGAUAUAGAUGCAAUAGAAUAUAAUAACUUCCAACCUCACUCUCUCUCGCUCUCUCUCACACAGACUCGACACCUAUGAUGUCACACAUCCUGCCUAGAAAAAAGGAGACGUUCGCCAAGGAACUCACCAGCGGCGGGGACCGCCUGGUGACCGUGCCACCACUCUCCUCCCAGCUCUCGCCGAAUGACAUGUUGUGGCGCCUCUACUCCGCCCUGCAACAGUGCCGGAACCUCCUGGAGCAUGCCAUUGGCCGGGAAGAGGGGGUGGGAAACGACAGGAACAGGACCGAAUACGAGAGCCAGAAGAAAACAGUGAGGGACCGGCUGGGGCACCUGCUAGAGAGCACACGGCUCCUCCUGGCGGACGGAGCUGGAACUGCAGCCUUCACUCCUGAUCCAAACAAUACUGAGAUAGAUGGUCCGGUGAACGGCAGCCCGUUUGCGCUAAAGCUCUGGAUCUACCGCAUCUUCAACGAGCUGGAGCACUGGACGCUCGCCGCCUCCAAGACCCUGAAGGCCCUGCACCCCGACGGAGCCGCCCCCCAGGAGCGCAGAACGAGGGGGAGGGCAAGAGGGAGGAGGACCCGGAGAUGAGAUAGUAGAGAUUGGCAGAGGUAGCCUGUGAGUGAGGAAGGAGAGAGAAGGGAAGACAAAGAAAGAAAGAGAGGGAUGGGGUGAGGAGAGAGAGAGAGAGAAAGAGGUACGGAUGUAAAGAAAGAGAGAGAGAGGUCAACAGAUUGAGAGGAUGAGGUGGAAGGAUGUGACUUGGAAGAAGAAAAAGAGGAGACAUGCAGGAGUCAGAAAGGCUGAGAGAGAUGGAAUGAAGAGAAUGAAAAGAGUGACAACAGCCAGUGGAAGUAUAAAGAUUCCGUGAAAAGAGAGAGAAGAAUAUAUGUUAAAGUUAAUAAAUAUACACAGUGGGGACAUGGACACAAGAAUGUGUGACAUAAGUGUUGAUUUUGAAGCAAUUUUGGUCAUUCGAAACAUACUAGCGCUGUAGCUCCACUUGCUGCUAACAAACACAGGACACUGGGUGUCAGGUAGCCUAGUGGUUAGAGCAUUAGGCCAGUAACUGAAAGCCUGUGAGUUCGAAUCCCCGAGCUGACAAGGUGGAAGAAAAUCUGUUGAUCUGCGCUCGAGCAAGGCGCUUAACCCUAAGUGCUCCAGGGUCUCCAUCAAUAAUGGCUGAUACCUGGCCGUGUCUCAAGGGGAGUGGGAUAUACAAAGAAACACAUUUCCAUUUCACACCUCACACGUAUACAGGACAAACAUAGGCAACUUCUAUUUGACCUUUGAAUAGGACAAAUAUAAGCAACUUCUAUUUGACCUUUGACGAACAUAGAAUGAAUGAGUUACAUAGACUGUUCACCACUCGAUUUAAUCCCUUUAAAAUCUCCAAUUCAAGAGCUUGACAUUCUAUUUUAAAAAAUCAUCUUUGUAAUUCAACAGGGUUUGAUGCAGCAAAAUGUGAGUUAAGGAUUUACUGAAUAAUUUCUGCUGUUUACACCUGGUAUCAAGAUGUGUUCUCUGUCUGGUUUUGCUGCCUAGAGUCAAAGGAUUCUACCAUGACCUUCCUUUUGCCUACUCCAGACAUACUACGGCCAGUGUUUCAGAACAUUUCAUUUAGUCUCCUCCCACUUGACACACACUGGUUGAAUCGACGUUGACCAGUGGGCUGUUCUCCCUUCAUGUUAACUGAAUGGCAAUAUUCCUUCCAAAUCUAAUGUGAUCAUUAAUAUCAGCAUGAUCUUGAUUAUAACAUUUAGUGUGGUUAUUGUAAGAGAUUUGGUUUGGCAUUGCCUUAAAACUUCAAUUCUGAAGAGGGGAAAAAUGAUUUUAUACAACACGGGAUCCUUUGGAUCUGGAUGAAAUGUUCUGAUAAACUGGUCCCUGGAUCCCAAAACAAUCCCACAAAUGAGAUGUAAUGUUGGUGACAGCUACAGGAUCCACUUUGAUAAUGGAGUGUAGAUUUCCGGUUCAAGACAGCUGUUUAUGUGAUACCAAUUUCUGAUCCUUGCGGGCCGGCAUCAUGCAUUAGAUGGAAAUCUUAAUACCACAAAUUGUUUCACAUUUAAGAUGCAUCCCAAUACUCUUGAAUGACUUCCUAUCUAUUUAUAGACCACAAACAAUGUGACAUAGGUCAUUUUGGGGUUAUGACAAGGUAUGAGAAAGGGUAGGCUAUUUCAUUAAGUGUACUUUCUCUUUAAAGCAGAUCUUGGGUCAGUUCUGCAUUUUUCCCACUAAUGUUUAAGGUUAGGAUUGGGGAGGGUAAGCUGAUCCUAGAUCUGUACCCAGGGGAAAUUUAGUCCCAGAACAUUCCAUUACUUACUGCUGGAAGUGAUGUGAUGAGUUUAGCUGUUGCCUGCCCUCUGUGCCCUGCCCUCUAGUGGCGAGUAGAGGAACCAAAACAAAACAUCCCAACUGUGCAGCUCCUACUAGAGAACCACUGGGAAUGCAGGCUUUUGCUCCGACCCUGCUCUAACACCAGACUCUGCUAAUCCAGUUCUGAGCCUGUAUAACACAGAAAAAAAUAUAUGUCAUUAUAUAUAUAUAUAUUAUUAUACAUUUUUUAUAACCCAAUCAUUACUAUAUGACCCCCAUUGAAACCGACCCUUAUGAUAUCAGUGCGUAACCGGCAAAUUGGGAGGGGUGGGAGGAGGGAUGUUGUUUAAACAUGUUCGCAGCUGAUCAGUAGAAUAGGUGUGUUAGUGCAGGGUUGCAGCAAAGGCCUGCACACAAUAGCUCUCCAAGAGGAGGUAUGGCCAUCCCUGUUCUUGUAUGUGUGACUUUUAAGGGAAAAAAUGAAAUUGCAAGACUGGAUUGUGUUUAUUACCUUUGUAGACUCAGAUGCACUGUAGCAAAGUCUCCUCCAUUUUUACGCUGACUUAAAUAUGCACGGUUGCUGGAGCAACUAACCCUUUUCCAUGACCUCUUGGUAUAGUGCCAGUUGCCCCUAACCACAGAUCUGGGAUCAGAUUACCUUAUCCCCAAACCUAAUUUUAACCAGUGGGAGGAUGCAAACAGAUCUAACCCUGUAUCAGUUGGUUAGGCACAUUGAUGAGAGUGAGAGACAGUAGUUAGACAUAGGACUGGUGGAUACUUUGUUAAAACACUCCAAACUAAUGUACUGACAUUUCCUGUUGCUGAUUUUCUUUUGUUGUGUUUCAUAGAAACUCUGGUGUGGUGUGGGAAGAUAUAGAAACCAUAUUUAUUAUUAAUGUAUGACUUUGAGAUACGCAGAGAGGUUGAAAUAAAUGUAUGUAGAUUAUAUGUUGAA